AUUGAUUAUCAUUAUGCCUUCUGACGCUUCUGCUUUUCCUGAUCCACAUCAUUCAGCUGAAGGUGAAGCGUGUGAUACUAGAACAUAUGUCUUAACAUUGAUCAUAUCUAAUACAAUGACAACUCACCAAUGAAAUCUAUUGCUUACACACAUUCUCUCUAAUGAUUUCUGUCAUGGCUUUAGACAGAAAGUCUCGUUAUUUCCUCAUCUUUGUAGCUCCACUUUUAACGUAUAUUACUCUCUCAGUAUAUCUCAAGAAACUCCAUCACAAACAACAAACAUUGAACCUUAGUACUCAAAAGCAGUUUAAAUAUGCUCCAACAUUACCAAAACGGAAUGAAGUAUUUGGCAAAAGAAGAGGUUCACAGCCGGUGAUAGAUGUCAGCAAACGAGUUAUGGUUGAUGAAAUACCCAGGGAUUUUCGGCGAGAAAAUAAUGAUGCCAUAGAACAGAACAUGCUUGAGUUAAAUCAAAAGUUUGCUGAAUCUGAAAUCAAGAACGAGGAAGCUUUAGAAAGAAACCAGAUGGAGGAGAAGAAUAUGAAUUUAUUAUCUGAAAAUAAGGAAGAGCAUAUAUUUAAAGAAAAAUUCAUUGAAAAGCCAAUUGCCGACCGAGAAUUAAAAUUGAAGUCCCAGGAAAAGAGAAACGGAAAAAGUUAUCAGGAAGAGCAUAUAUUUAAAGAAAAAUUCAUUGAAAAGCCAAUUGCCGACCAAGAAUUAAAAUUGAAGUCCCAGGAAAAGAGAAACGGAAAAAGUUAUCAAAUGAAAAAUAAUCCAAUUUUUAUAAGAAGAGAACCUGAUAUGAGAUGGUGCCAGAAAUACCGUGCGCGAAUUUUGAUUUUGAUAUUCUCGAGACCGGAAAAUAUUUACGAAAGGCAGAUAAUUCGAAAGACCUGGCUUAAAGAUUUACCCAAAGAAAUGUACGUAAUAUUUGUAGUUGGAAAGUCGGAAUUUGAUAAAGAUACCUUGGAAUCGGAAGAAGAAUUUCAGGAUAUACUUCAGGGGGAUUUUAAGGAUCACAAACGCUCUGAGACAACAAAAUUUAUGAUGACUUUAUUUUGGUUUAGUCAAUUACAAAAUUAUUGUAAGGUCCCGAAGUUGGUCCUUAAAACUGUGGAUAAUAUUUACAUAAAUGUGGCCGCUUUCCACGAAUGGUUACGAACUAAAUACACAGCUACUAAAAAUGUCUAUUUAGGCAGAGUAGUGAAAAAUGACCAGCCAAAUAGAGAUCGUGCAAACCCCAGGUAUGUUCCCAAGAUAGCUUUUCAUCACUAUAUUUUUCCGGAUUAUCUAAACGGACCUCAAUAUUUAUUUUCGGCUGAUGUAAUCCAGAGAAUGUCAUACGUUUCAAAGCUAGUUUUCCCUAUUGCUGUUGAGGACGCUUAUAUAGGUUUGCUUAGCGAUCGUCUGCAAAUAAAACCAAUUCAAGACGAAAAUUUCCAUCUUCUUAUGAAGACUGCCAAUGUGUGUAUCAAUGCCAAACUUCUUUUCAUUUUCUGUAAAUCUGCCAAAGAAAUGAACAAAUUACACAGGGAAAUAAUUAACAGUAAAAAAUCCUUCGAAUGUCAGCCACCGCGAAGUCAGAAACAUCUUGGGUUGUGAUAUACAAAUGUGUUGCCUAUUUUAAGUACAGUGUAGUUUAUAUCUACAAAAUACACUUAUUUGGUAAUUGUAUUUAUAAAAUUUGUUGAAAAAUU